AUGUUUCGUUGCUCACUCGCUACCUAUGGCAGUUAUUUGCUGAACCAAAGACUCAUAGCGGACUGGUGGCAGGCCGGCCAGCGCGAGGAGGUGCAUCAGGCAGCCAAGGCGCGACUCAGCGCCGCCCUGGAAGAGGUUGAGAAGCGGUCGUCUUCCGCGCCGAAAUCAUCGGCGGCUCGUGUGGAUGAAGAUGGUGGGCCCUCGUUUUCAUCUUUGGGAUCACGCCAGCGAGUAGAUGCGCCUCCUCAUUCUCCGCCUCUCAGCCUGUACGAGGCCAACGGCCUUGUCUCGACUUUUGUGAGCAGCCACAACACGCAGGACCUGAGUGCGACACUCCAGUACAUCCGCGAGCAGCUCCGGGAGGACCUCACCCCAUAUCAUUUCCACUCGCUGCUGCGCACAUUCAACUACCACCAUGACGUGGCGAAUGCGCUGCAGGUGCUAGAGGUAAUGAUGCACAGUGGCACGACUACGUUGGAGACGUACGCGCGCAUGGUGGACUGUGUGCACUGCCUGUCCCCGCCUGAUGUGGAGGCUCGUCUCUUGCAACUCGUUGCCCUGGCCCAAGAGGCGUUUGGUACUCACGUAAUGGAGGACGAUGCCGGCUCCGAGGCCGGGACGGUGGCUGCGUACAGCUUUUCGGGCGAAGGACGUCAGGCACGGGAGACGGCCGCGGAUGUGACAGGGGUCGACUCAUCGUACCCCUCUAGUGACGCGGCAACGUCGAAGCCUGCGCAGCUUCCCCGAAGCGCGCCUGUGCUUUCCUCUCUUCUUUACCACUGCUCCACCACGAGCCAUCGGAGUACUGUUGCGUCGUGUGUUGUGGUGGCAAUUUGGAUACGGGCAUUCGGCGUGGAACUGACGGACUGGGAUGUGUUGUCAGUGCUGAGCAGCGUGCUCACACACACCGACGAGUUUCCGCAAUUCUGCGCUAUGUUCAGCUCCUUCGACGCGCACGAGCGGGGCACCGUGAGCGUGCAAGCGGUGGUAGAGCGUCUGGUGUUACUAGGGGAGGUGGUGUGGAGUGGAUCAUCGACAACCAAUGAAUUCAUGGAUGAGCACGUGGAAAGCAGUGAGAGAGGCAGCUUUAGUGACGACAAGGGAAAGGCGCGGGCCAAGCCGUCUGCCACUUCGACUUUGACGUCUUUGGUGGAAGCGAUGCAGGCGUCCCUCCGCGCCGCCGGCGUCGACCCGGCUUCCGCAGUGGUUUCGCUACCUUUUGUUAAUGCGCAGACCAACAGCAUGGAGCAGCUUGUCGCUGCCACAUUGUUGCCACUCAUCCAAACUGGCGUUGGUCCGCAUUACUACAACGCCGGGCACCUCUUCCAUGCCCUGAGUCUCGUACAAAGCAGUAUGGGGGACGACACUGGUGCCAUUCAGCUACUGCAGCGCGCGGCCUGUGAGCAGCAGCGGUGCACCCUAGCACAGGAGGCACUAGGUAUGACUGCUAACUCGCGAGUGUCAACGGGAGAAUCUAGUGGAAGGCUCACCAGCUUUGCUGAACCCUCGUCGUCGCUUGGGGUGACUCAUGCAUCCGCCCCUGCGACAAGAGAACCAUACAGCGUUUCAAUCCACCAUCUCUUAGACAUGGGUACGCUGCUGAGUCGUGUCAGCGCGACGACACUGCGCGACGUGCAGCGGCCCUUUCACGGUGCGCUGCGCCACAUGAUGGCGGGGCUCUCGGGAAGGCCGACGGAGAAGCCGUCGGACUUCUCUGCUUCACCUUCAUCCUCUUGGCCGAGCGUGGUGGCGUCGUGUACACCUCCAGUGCCCUGCGCGCGCGACUUGGUCACCGUGAGCAGCCGCGAGACGCAGUUCAUCUGUACGGUGUCUGAGGCGCGCACGGUGCUCAGAUGUGCAAUCGACGCAGGCAAAGCCAUCGGUAGUCAUGGACGUCUACCCCACAGUACGCAGUUCAUGCUUAUGCAGCUCGCCGAGUUGUGCUGCCGCCAUCCGCCGCGCAACCCAAAACUGACCCCGGCGGGGCUAGAGGAGCGGACCAAAUGGGGCCGAUAUUUGGAUGCCCGCGACACGUCGCUCGCCCUCUUUGGGUCUGCACAGCAUUCGCGUGACUCGAUGAAACACCUCUUCUACAACGAUAAUCAGCUGCCUGAGCUGCGUAGCGAAGUCGUCAUCGCAAAGGACUUUGCCGACGUACACGAGCUCUUCUUCGGUUCAGCUUCACCGUCAUCGCUGUCACAGGCGGAGCUGCAGGCGUCUCUGCGGCGGACGCGCACCACCCUGCCACACACUGGUAGUAGCGCCGCCAUUGUGCCCCGCUACCUCUGGGACCCAGCCGUCUACAACCCCUACCCGGCAGCACAGCUGGCGAUCAAUACUUGUGAGUUUUCUAUGGGUUCUUCUGAGAAGGGAACGCAAAGCCCUUUCACGCUGGCAGAGAUACACCAAACCGAUGCCAUCCUUGGAGAUGAUGCCGAGGGCGACUUUGACGGUUCCGAGUUCUUCGUCGAGCUCUGGCAAACCUUGCUGGACAAGACCACCUCGGUCGGCAGCAACGAGGUUUGGUACCUGCAGAACACAGAUAUGUUUCUGCUGCUCCUUCGUUGUCUACUGCACCGACUGGACUGGGAGACCGCCGCGCAUCUGACGCGCAAGAUGACACAACACGCAAACUACACCUACCUCAUGGAUCACGAGCUCACCACUAUUUUUCGCGAGAUCGGUGACCCCGCUGGUUGUCUGGCAUUCAAGGUGGCGACGAAGCUGUUUGAUGGCCGCAUUACGAAGGAUGGGCAGACAAAACGGGAGAGGUUUCAUCAGGAGCAGUUCAGAUGA